CAUGCUUAGAAAGUGAGGUUAUAGUUAAGUAUUAAAUUUGAUCAAAACAUUGUAUAAUUUACUUCAUUUAUUUAUAAUAAAAUAUCUACAAUGCCUCACUGUUCUGCCAAGUGUGGUAAAAAUGCUAUUUUGAAAAGACCUAAAACAUCAGAUGUUUUGUGCAAAGAAUGUUUUUUCGAGGCAUUUGAAAAUGAAGUACACUUUACAAUUACUAAAGCUAAAUUAUUCAGGCCUAACACAACGGUAGCAGUUGCCGCCUCCGGUGGGAAAGAUUCGACAGUACUAGCAUAUGUAUUAAAAACACUUAAUGAAAAGUACCAUUAUAAUUUAAAUCUAGUUCUUCUAUCAAUCGAUGAAGGGAUUACUGGAUACAGAGACGAUAGUUUAGAGACUGUAAAACAAAAUCGUGAUGAUUACGAAAUGCCGUUAAAGAUUAUGUCAUAUAAGGAUCUUUAUGGGUGGACUAUGGAUGAAAUUGUUGCAGAGAUAGGAAGGAAGAAUAAUUGCACAUUUUGUGGUGUUUUUAGAAGACAAGCCUUAGACAGGGGAGCAAACUUAUUGAAAGUAGAUUAUUUGGCAACAGGACAUAAUGCAGAUGAUAUAGCAGAAACUGUUUUAAUGAACAUUUUAAGAGGUGAUCUAGCUAGAUUAAGUAGAUGUACAUCAAUUAUAACAGAUAGUGGAGAUGGUAUUCCUAGGGUCAAACCUUUAAAAUAUUGCUAUGAAAAGGAAAUAGUGAUGUAUGCAUACUUUAAAAAAUUAGUCUAUUUUUCAACAGAGUGCAUUUUUGCACCCAAUGCUUAUAGAGGACAUGCACGAGUUUUGCUUAAGGAUCUAGAAAAAAUUGACCCAGCUGUAAUUAUGAACAUUAUACAUUCAGGCGAGACCAUAAAAGUAAAUGAAAGUGCAAACAUGCCAACUCUGAUGAAUUGCACACGUUGUGGGUAUGUGUCUUCUCAAGAAGUCUGCAAAGCAUGUGUUUUAUUGGAGGGUUUGAACAAAGGAUUACCCAGGUUGGGUAUUGGAAAAUCAAGUAAGGUCAAGAGGAUAUUAAAGGAAAAUGAAGAGAAAGCUAACAAAACAUGUAUAAAAGAUGAUCAGUGUGGUGAUAGUGAAGACAAAAAAUGUUUAUGUUCAGGAAAACAAAAUUUGAGGCCAGUACAAUUGGAUGGGAUUGAUAUAGAGGAUUUAAAGAUUUAGUAAUUGUAUUUUUUGUAAAUAAAUAUUGUUUUUAUUA